AUGGAAUCGCGAUAUAUUGCAAACAACUUGCCCACCCAGACGCUGCCGUCCACAGAGGCGCACGUGCUGCUUGUCCGAUCUCUCGAAGCAGUCCUCACACAGACACCACCGCUUAAGCGGUACACGGCUCGGCAGCUGGGCGGACUGUACAGCGGAUAUACUGGCAUCGCCUACCUAUUCUUUCGACUAAGCAAACAACAUCCGGACCUCAAGGUCAGAGGCCAUUGCCUAGAGUUCUGGGCAUCCAAAUACAUGGAAGGAGAUCGCUCGUGUGCGGGACUCACCAAAGGCAACUGUGGCUUAGCUUGUGAGAAACUUUCAUUCCAAGCUCUCAGAGCUUGCAUGUCGAACAAGAAUGACGACCUAUUCGAGUUUCUUGCGAAUAUCCCCCUGUUGCUUGGGCCGUAUCCAUCGGGCGACUUCUACUCGUCUGAGCUCAUCUAUGGGAGGGCCGGUUUGUUGUAUUUGAUCCGGAUGAUUGAGGCGCACUUUCCUGGAUCCAAGCCAUACCUGGACUCGCCAAAAGGUUGUUUGACACAGAAGAUAUUAGAGACCGACGACGAUGGACGCGGCAACUGGGAGUGGCGAGGGAAACGAUAUUUUGGCGCGGCGCACGGCGAGAUCGGGAUCAUCACGCAGCUCGUUCUCACGAACGCCAAAACAGCACCGCGGCUCCACGAUCGGCUUGAGGACCUGCUCGAUCUACAAUGGGAGGAUGGCAACUGGUCCUCCAGCGAGCUGAGAAUGCGCGAGGGCAAGAACCCGAAGCUGGUCCAGUGGUGUCACGGCGCGCCUGGGUUUGUGAUGUCGCUCCACUCGCUGCGAGAACACUUUCCCGGGCUCGAGUCGCAGAUUGACACGGCCAUCCUCCGCGCCGAGGAGAUCAUCUGGCGGCACGGACUGCUAACAAAGGAGCCAUCGCUAUGCCACGGUAUUCUGGGGAACGCCCUCGCCUUGCCCAAAGGUUCGAAACGAAAUCAUUUCUUGUCCUUGGCGACGACCGAGUCUAUGGAGAAGAUGCGACGCCAUGAUCCAAAACUUUUCGAGCCGGCUUCAUAUGAUAAAGACUGGGCCGUCAUGACAAACUACCACACCAGCGCGGCGUGGGCCUGGGCCACUCUGGAAGACGAAACCCCGAGGAUGAUCUUGUACAACGAUGUGUAG